AUGUCAUCAGACAACAGAGAAAGGAAGAGCCAUGGAGAGCCUAGAAAAGCUAUGGUGAAACAAGACACAGCUUCCUUAACUGAUGUCGUAGAGCAAGCUGCAAAGCAACAACAGUCACAAACAUCAGAAAUAGAAAAAACCAAGAAAGUUCUGUUCCAUUUGCAGAAUGAACUUCAUGAGCUUGAAAAACAAAUAGCAUCUGUCUCCACCGAAACUAAAGAAACAGAAAGACAAAUUUAUCAGCAAGAUGCUGCCAUAGAGAAUACCAAACUUCAGUGCAGAAGCCUGGAAGCCCAAAUCAAAUCCUUACAUACAGAAAAUGUAAAGCUUAAAUUUGACAUAGAAGCAGCCCAAGAAGAUUUUGAGCAAGACCUGAUAAGAUAUAAUGCCUAUUAUGCAAAAAUCAAAACACAUGAAGAUAGUUUGGGACAGAUAGAAAGCAAAUUCAUGACUGAAUUCCAUGAAAAACAAGAUCUUGUGAAACAACUAAGGACAAUAAAAGAGGAGCUCAUGGAAAAUCUCCAAAAUCCAGAAGGAAACCGGAUAAAGCAAGUACAGGAAGACAUUAGAGAGCUGAGUGAUAAAAUUAGAGCCAUAAAAGAAUCUAUCACUGGAAAAAGUUGUUUUCUUGAGAAAGAAGAAAAAACUCAUGAAAAAUUAAGAAAAGAAAUAGAGGUGCAACAUAAGAGAUACGAUGCCAUUCGUAAGCGUUUGCAUUGCCAGGUCAACAGACUUCAGUCAAAUAGAAGACAACAGCAAUGGAACAUUCAACAACUGGAAAACACUGCAGCUGCGCUAAGAAAGCGCAUAGGGAUGCACAAGUAA